CAACCACAGACCACAUGUAACCACGCCAACCCAGGACCUCCACAUCCACAGACCACGUGUAACCACACCAGCCCAGGACCUCCACAUCCGGGUUCUCCACCUGAGGGAUCAUCUCAGACCAGCCACCCGGGCGGCUGAUGAAACUAACACCCUGGAGUCCUGUAACAUCUGCAGUCAACCCAUCAUGGAGCGUAUCCUGCGGGCUACAGGGAAGGCCUACCACCCGCACUGCUUCACCUGUGUGGUGUGUCAACGCAGCCUGGACGGUAUCCCCUUCACUGUGGACGCUGCCAACCACAUCCACUGCAUCGACGACUUCCACAAGAAGUUUGCCCCUCGUUGCAGUGUGUGUUCUGAGCCCAUCAUGCCAGCUCCAGGCCAAGAAGAGACUGUUCGUAUCGUGGCCUUGGAUCGAGACUUCCACGUGCAGUGUUACAGCUGUGAGGACUGUGGUUCUCCUCUGUCUGAAGGGGACAACCAGGGUUGUUACCCCUUGGACGGACAUGUCCUCUGUAAGAGCUGUAACACCAGCCGUAUCCAGGCCCUCACCGCCAAGGCUACCACUGACCUCUGAACCCCAGAUACCCUUCUACACCGCCGCUAUCACACACACAGAGACACACA